UAUUGGCUCUGCUCUACGACAGUCAAUGGCGGUGUCUGCUGUUGCUACAGUUAUUGGGUCGGCGUUCGGCCGCCUGAGGUAGAUUUUCAACGUCAGAGUGACGAAUAAAGACGGUCCUAACGUAACGGGCAGAUAGCCAGGCAUACAUUUCGUGUUUUCGAGGAACGAAACUUGAAGAAAUAUGAGCCUUCACCUCCCUACCGAGGAUGCGGCGGUGGACAAACAGUGCACAGAAGUCCCUGAAGAGGGAAGAGCCAGCAGCAGCAGCUCAGAAGGACCCCCGCCUCUGGACAGGUGUUCAGGCCCUGCAGCGAGAGCCCUAGCCACAGCUGUCACGAUGAGCCCUGAGCACAGACUGCAGCAGAGUGAGAGCAGGGCACAGGCCUUCGCAGCUGCCCAGGAGGCUGACGCUGCCGUUCAGGAGCUGGUGCGGUGCGUGGCACUGGCAAGACUGGCGCACGGGGAUGCGCACUGGAAACUGGCAGAGGCGCAUGCCAGGCUGGGUCAGGGCUACCUGCGGCUGAAAGGGCUGGCGUUGCAAGCCCAGGAACACAUGGAAAAGGCCAAGGCCAUUGCCGUGAACACAACUCUGGAGCUGGCAGGCAAGCAGGAGAGGGCAGAUGUGCUGCGAUGUCUCGUGAUCAUCUUCCAGACGGAAGGAGAGGCUGCCCAGCGCCUGGGCAACCUGAGGAAGGCCGAGCAGAGCCUGGAGAAGGCGGACAGGGCCGUGGUGGAGCUGCAGCAGCUCGGAGGAGUGUGCGGAGAGGACGCACUGGGAGUCCAGUUUGAUGUGGCCAUGAGCGCAGUCAGGCUGCAGCGGAAGCAGGGGCAGCCGGCGGCAGCGCUCUGCCAGUGUCAGCGGGCGCUGCGGGUGCUGCAGGCAGCGGGGAGGGAGGCCAGCUGGGAGGCGUGCUCAGUCUACAGGGAGAUGGCGGCCAUCGAGCAGGCGGGAGGGAACGUGGAUGGAGCCAUACAGCACCUCCUGCAGGCUCAUUCCGUGUCUCUGAGUGUGUGUCCGGGGAGCGUGGAAGAGGCUGGUGCUGCUCACAGCUUGGCUUUGGCUUACUCCAGGACUGGGGAGAGUGAGCACAGCGACAGUGCAGUGCGCUUCUUUGAGCAGAGUCUGAGCAGCUAUCGGAGGACCUUGGGACCUGAGCAUUCCCUCCUCCUCUCAGCGCAGGACGACUACUGCCACUUUCUUCUCAUCUCUGGGCAACGAGAGAGUGCAGUUAAGAUGUUGAAGGAAUCACUGCCCCUGAAAGAGAGCACCUUUGGGCACCUGAGUGCAGAGGUGGCAGAGACGUACUGGCUGCUCGGGGAGGCUGAGGUCUCCCAGGGGCAGAUCAGAAGAGCUUACAGAACGCUGAAGAAGUGUCUGGAGGUCCAGAGCCUGCUGUACGGCCCCCAGGACAGGAGGACCAGAGACACACAGCAGACCCUGGACAAGCUGGCCAAAGACCCGGAGGUUGCGGCGAAACAGCGGAAAGCAGGUGGUCUGCGAGACAGGCCCCCCUUUUGCUCUGCUGUGCCUUCCCAUAAUCCACCAGGAGGAACAAAGUCUAAGAUCUGGGAUUCUGAAGGGGGGAAAAAUGGCUGACUAGCGCUGGACAAAGAUUUUCCAAAUUGGGUUCAGAAAGAUGAAUAUUGAUAACUGGGUGCUUCUUACUUUGGCCUGUGAAAAAAAGGGACUGAGAAUGGCAGAGGAACAUUUUAUCAGGCUCCAUCAAAGGUUUUCAGAGUUUUACUUUUCUUUAAUCUACUGUAACUAUGGGUGGCCUGGGUGGAUAUUGUUAAAGAAAAAAACAAAUGCAUUGUAUCCUUUCAAGGCAAAUACAGGACACUUUUUUAAUUCGCUUACCUGUUCAGACAACCACUUCAUGAAAAACUGUACACUGUUGAGAAACAAAAGUAGACAUUUCGAAAAUGGGACCAAGAGAGAGCACAUGCCUAUGGACAGUAGUAGGUAUUAAACAGAUUCAUGCUACUGUGUGCCAUGUCCUCCCAUGCACAGCACCCAGUGUGGACACAGUGCUGCUCAAGGGGACAUGUCCCUUCUGGUUCCAUUGUGCAUGUAUCAAAUCUCAUAGUGAACAGCUUUCUCAGUACACGAGGUUAAAUGGGCUAGCUAAAUUAACAAUCACUCCGCUCCAUUUCAGAACUCUAUAAAGAGGAGAGCGUAGAGGUCUUGGUCAAACUAGCUCACUGAGAACUGUAGAUCGAAGAAGACAGCAGCAGCUCCUCUUGUAAGACUUGCAGCACUGGAACUGACGUCACUCGCAGUGUAAAAUGGAAGUAAUGGAACAGGGAUCCAGAAAAAAUGUGGUAUUAAAUUACCCCAAGGGCCUCACUAAUGCAUCUGCUAUCCCCUAAAUGAAAUCUUAAGAUGGACAUUUAGUAUAACAGCUGAAACGCAACACCGUUCUGUACUGAUGGUGUCUGCCAAGUGACAGAGCAGACAGAAAGACUUCCUGAGACACUGGGGACGGUGAAAAACAUAGAGCUCUGAGCCACAGUGUGCUUAGUGAAGUGCCAUGAGUCGAGCACAAAAUCCUGAUCUGGAAACACUGAUUUAUCAAAAACAGACGUGUGGCGAAGAGGGACACUUAACAGUGUAACACGACCAGGAAAACCAUUUCAAAACCGGACAAAAACACCUCUGUUAAAGAAUGACCCAGACACAGAAGUAUGCUUUAAUGAUUUAUUUUGUUUCUACAUACUGACCUGUGUCAAGAUGAUCUGUAAAAUGCAAAGCUGCCAACAAAGAUGGUUUAUAAAGAAAUAAAAGUGAAUAUGAAA